UCUUCUGUAUAUGAAACCAAAUCAAAUCAAUUUCAUUCCAUCUCAAAUCUUCAUUCACCGAACCCAAAAUCAUCUCUAUGGAAGAUUCACACUCACAACAACAACCAACGCAAGUUUCUCCGAUGAAAAUCGACGGCGCCGAAGAAGACCAAAUACUGUCCAACUCGUCCGUGUUAACUCGUCGCGAGGUUUUGACUCGCCGUCUCUGCCGAGUCAAACAACUCAGUCGCUGUUACAGACGUCAUUAUUGGGCUUUAAUGGGUGAAGUUAAGACGAAGUACAGAGAGUAUUGUUGGACUUAUGGAAAGAGUCCUUUCAAAGAAGAUGAAGAGAAUCCAAACGGUGUCGUUUUGGGGGAAACUGGAAAUGCUACAGAGAAUAAUGAAGAUUUCAUUCGUUGUGCUUUUAGUGGUUGUAAGUCGAAGGCUAUGGCUCUUACUCGGUUCUGUCAUACUCAUAUUUUGUCGGAUUCUAAGCAGAAGCUUUAUCGGGGUUGCACCGCCGUAGCAAAAAAAUUGCCAACAGGGCCAUCUUAUUGUAAUAAGCCAGUACUGAGAUCAACGGUUCCUUGUGCAUGCCCUACUCAUUACCAAUUAGGUGAAAAGUGCUUACUUCGUGCACUAAAAAGGGCAGGUUAUAAUGUACCGGUUAAUAGUAAGCCUAGUCCAAAGUUACAUGAAUUAGUUCCUGAAUUUGUCCGGCAAAUUCAAAAUAAACGAAAAGCUUUACAGAAGGCAACUUUACCUAAACCUGAGACUGAAUAA